AAAACCCUAGAGUCUGACCAAACUUUGCGGGCGCGUUCAGAGGAUUUCAAGCGUUGCCAAUUCAACUACAUACAGACCCAUUGCCUUGUCUUUGAUUUGAUGGACUUUGCUACACCCCCGUUGCUCAACGGCCGCCGAGAAGGCCAACUAACGCCACAGCUGUCUAAUCCGAGUCAAUCAAGCAACGUCGUGACCAUCCCCGAUCCGGAUCCACAUAGGAAUGCCAUCGGGCUCGCCAUUGUGAAGUUGGAAGAUAUCCUGAUAUCUGCUCGAGAAUCAUUGCUACAGUCUCGAGAAAUAUCUAUUCCCUUCAGGACCCGACCUUCCACAAACCAAUCCACGAGCAACCAUGGCCCAUCUCGGACAACUCGAUUAGCAGUUCGCUUCCCGGGCCGGACAGCAGAGGAAGCAACCAAGUUCAGUUCGUACUCGUGCUUGGUUGACGGUAAUUUGUUCCUGACGUUCAGCCGAUACAGCACGUAUCAUGCGCAUCAUGCAACUGUCCCUGAGCGCCCUGACGGAAGGCCGGCUAAUUACCAAGAGGUGAACAUCUACUAUCAGGACACCGAUUUAUUCAAAAGACAGUCCAUCGUCGACAACCUCGUUGAUGACCUUGCCUUUACGCUGGGCCUCGGGAGGGAGGACCUCGGUAUAGUUGCCGCAAGUAAAGGCCUUGUGUCUGGGCCUAUUGUUCUGCGUUCCAGGACUUCCGUAGUUGACGCUUCUUCAAGCGAGCACGGGAUCCUCAUACCCUCAGCCAGGACUGUCUCCGAGAUUGACUUUGGUCCAGCACAAUGGGUCUUAGUCAUCGAGAAAGAGGUUGGACUGGGCAAAGGUUACCCAGAUUUGAACACCAAGCAGUUCGUACACCUUCUGCACACAGCCAAACCUGAGCUUCCAAUUUUCGCUCUUGUGGACUUCGACUGCUAUGGUAUUGCCAUCAUGCGCUGCUACAGCUACGGCACACGGGGACAUGCACACGAAAAGGCAACGACUGUACCUAGCAUGCAGUGGCUCGGCAUAAAAAGCGACGAUCUCGCAUUCCGUCAGGAUGCAACCCCUCGCCACGGGCCCGAUAUCAACGGCAGCCAAAGGCGGCCUUGUGCGAGCUUGUUCGACUCUACUAGCUCUCUUACGCUGCGAGAUAGAACGCGCGCUAUCAACACGAUCAAGGAAAUCGAAGAGGACGGCACCGAAAAUGAUCAAGAUUGCCGACGAGAACUACAGGUGAUGCUGUUUCUCGGCAUCAAGGCAGAGAUCCAAGCUGUGGACAAUGCAGGAGACAUGUCGAGAUGGCUCGAUGAGCACUUGGGAACUUUCUGA